UUUUAACAAAACACCCCUUGAAAAAGGAGGUUGGUUCUAACAAAGCAACAUAUAAGGGUGAAUUAGCACCUGACUCCUAGUUACUGCCCUGCACACGCAACGGAAGAACUGUGCAGUAACAUUUUUAGGGUCGGGAAAGUCAGGCUUUGAAACAAAGAGUGAGCCGUAGACAAACACCGACCGCAACGGUUCGCUCUUCAGUUCAAAAACAUGAAGAUAUUGCUAAUACUGCUCGUGUCCUCGCUCGUUGCUGUCAACGCCUCCCCCCAGCGUCGAAAGCAAGAGACAAAAGCCAAAGCGGACGAAAAUUACCAAGCCUCGUACGAAGCAUCCUAUGAAGAAAAAGGACAAGGGAACGAUUACGAUGACUUAUUUACAGAACAAGUCCAAGGGGAUGCCAGUGCCGAAGUAGAAGCUUCAUUCAGUGCCGAAGCUGAUGUGUCAUUCAGUGCCGAAGCUGAUGCGUCAUUCAGUGCCGAAGCUGAUGCGUCAUUUAGUGCCGAAGCUGAUGCGUCAUUCAGUGCCGAAGCAGACGCGUCAUUUAGUGCAGAAGCGUCAAUUAACGCCGAUGUAGAAGCGUCAGUUAGUGCAAAUGUAGAAGCGUCAGUUAGUGCAAAUGUAGAAGCGUCAGUUAGUGCCAAUGUAGAAGCCUCAAUUAGCGCCGAUGUAGAAGCGUCAGUUAGUGCCGAUGUAGAAGCGUCAGUUAGUGCCGAUGUAGAAGCUUCAGUUAGUGUCGAUGCGUCCGUAAGUGCUGAAGCUUCACUGGGUGUCGAUGUGUCAGCAAGCGCUGAUGUUUCAGCAUCUGUGAGUGCUGAUGUAGAUGCCUCCCUCAGUGCAUCUUUAGACGCUUCAGCUUCCGUGAGUGAAGGCGUAAGUGUAAGUGGUGACAUUAGUGCUUCGGAGUCCUUUUCCGCUAGUGUUUCUCUCGAUGACAAUUUUGAUGAUGAUAGCUCCGAUGAUCAUUGCGGUUGUGAUUUUGAUAGAACAGCUAACGAUGUUCAGUUUAGUUACAGAAGAUAUCAAGAUUUCGUAUCUGUACAUGACUUUAAAGAGUACGUCCUCAGGGAAGUUGACGCACAAAGAAGAGCUUUCUUCCACGAUGGUUCAGACAAUCAAACUACCAAUGUCGACAAUAGCAAUGCAUUCUCCAGGUACAAGCUACGUCCUCGCGUUAUGAGAGGAGUUGGACGUCCCAAUAUUGGAGUCAAAAUCCUCGGAAGAAAAUCAUCUGUACCUUUUGGAUUGGCUCCUGUUCCCUUUUUAGAGUGGGCGCAUCCUGAUGGUGAAAUUGGAACUGCAAUUGGUGCCGGAUGUGAAGGAAUCCCCAUGAUUGUUUCUGCCUUCAGUAAUACCUUGCUAGAAGAGAUCCGAUUCGUUGCUGACGACACUGUUCUAUGGAUGGAAACUGCCGUUUUCCGGGACAGAAGGAUCACUGAAAACAUCGUCACCAGAGCCACCAAGAGCGGAUACCAAGCUAUUGUUGUCACCGUAGACUCUCCAGUAUAUGGAAACAUCUACGAGCUGAAUAGAGAACAUGCUAUUCUCCCAGAAUACUUACACGUUCCUAACAUCGAAGAAGAUAAUAUCGAUCUCGAUGUGUCAAUUUCUGUGAGUGAUUACAAACUCCACGCUGAUAUUGGCGCUGAAGCUGGCGCUGGAGCUGGAGCUGCGGACGCUGCUGCUGGAGCCGCCCUCCACUUCAAUGGACAGAGAGGGUUCCACCAGUUUGACUUCGGCGAACCCGGUGCAAGAGAAUACAUCACCCUUCACGAACAAAACGCUGUCGCUGCCGACGCCAUCUACGAGGACGAUGCACCUCCUGUUGCACCUCACCAUGGCCUUGGCGCAGGCACCUACAUCGGCGAAAGGAGAAAGAACACUUUGUCGUUCUGUCUCGGUACUUACAGAAUCGAAGAGACAUUCGACUUUGUCUUGGCCGGUGACCAAGACUGGGAUGACUUCAAGCAUAUUAGAGAAAUCACUGACUUACCUGUGGUGGCCAAAGGCAUUCUUACAGGCUGUGAUGCUCGAGAAGCUGUUCGUCAUGGAGCUAACGCUGUUGUUGUUUCAAACCACGGCGGAACUGAGUUGGAUGAAACACCAGCUGCGAUUGAAGCUCUUGCUGAGGUUGUUGAAGGCCUUCAUCAUCAUGAUUUCGACCACAUUGAAAUCUACAUGGACGGCGGCAUCCGACACGGAACUGAUAUCUUCAAAGCACUGACCAUUGGUGCCGAUGCCGUAUUCAUUGGCAGACCUUUCGCAUGGGGCUUAUUGCAGAGCGGUAGAUGUGGUGUGCAGCGCGUCAUUAACAUUUUGAGACGAGAGUUCGAGAGAACUGUGACUCUUAUGGGCGUCAACAAGCUUAGCAACAUUGUCCGCUCCAUGGUCGUAUCAGAAAACUACUUCCGUCAUCGUUACGAAUCAGAUUACAGACGUCAUGGCGACAACCACCAUCAUGGCGGCGACCACGAUUCCGACAACUACCACCUUGUCUGUCCAUUCGACUACGACCAGGAUCAUUUGAGCUCACUCAACGAUCUCAGCAUCGAAAUCGAAAUCGAAGACGUAUCUCUCAGCGUCGAUGGCAGCGUAAGCGGAGGAGUCGGCGCAGGAGUAGGAGUCGGUGUGGGUGCCAGCGUCAGCGCAGACGUAGAUGCAGACAUCUCCCUCAGCGAAGGAGACAGCAGCAGUUCCAGUUCAAGCAGUUCUUCCAGCAGUUCAAGCAGCGACGACAGCCUGGUGGACGUCACGGAUAGCUUCAGCUUCAGCGACAGCAGCGACAGCCUCCUCUCCUCUAGCUCUUCCUCCUCCUCCUUCUCCAGCUUCGACAUCUCCGCCAGCCUCCUCGGAAUCGCCGGCAUCAACGGCAUCCACAUCCACGCCGUCCGGGAGUCCGACGUCCUCGACUCCAUCCUCGGCGAAAGCCUGGACUUGGGCACCGGCCUCAAACUCGGCUCCGCCGCGCAAGCCGAAAUCGACGCCGACGUCUCCAACAUCGUGUCCGCCAUCGCUUCCGGCGACGACAUCGGCGUCGACGCUGCCGUCGGCAUCAUGGCCGGUCACGUGGGAGCGUACGUCGACGCCGACGCCUCGGACUCUCUCCUCGCCAGGGCCAAGGUCGCUGCCGCCGUUGAGGCCGGCGUCAAGGCUGGACUUAAAGGUCACGGCGCUGUCGGAGCAAAAGCUGGCGCCCGAAUACACGAACUUCUCAUCGGAAGCCUUCCGUUCAGUGUUGCAAGUUCCCUAUCUGGAUCGGAAUCCAUUGAUAUCAGUGCCUCCGUUGAUGCGUCUGUCGACGUUGAUGUCAGUGCAGACGCUUCCGCCUAAAAAUUAUCACUUCAAAAUAAAAGCAAGAACUGAGCAAAUAUUCAUUGGGAUGAUUCCAAGCAUUUGAGCAAAAUUAUUCUUUGUUGUUAUAGUUUUGAAAUUGCUUCAUAUUUUAAAAAACUUUUAGAAAUAUAAACGAUUGAAAGUAAUUAAAACCUUUACAUAAAUUUCUGCUGCAAUACCUCUUUGAUUCAUGUAUAUAUAUAUCUAUUAAAUGGCAUUUUUAAGAAAAUCGAACGAGAUGUAAAAAUUUCAGUCUGUUAAAUUUUUUAUGGUUUCAUAUUUUGCAAUGCUAUCCAAUAUAGUGGAACAAUGACUGAAGAUUUCAGUAAUUUGUAUUUUAAGACAUUAAUAAAAGCACGAAGUUGUUCUAAA